ACCACCGGAGAAAAUGAACAGCGCCCGCAGGAAAUUGCGCGCAGACAGAUUAUCCCAUUUCUUUCUUUACAGUUUCUAAUUAUCUGAUGGUCAGCGCGCUCUGGGCCAGUUUUUGCCCCUUAACUGCUCUUCUUGUUUUUCUAGCCUUGGGGGACAUCGUAGCCGGGGAGUUGGGCAGAGUGGUUGUCAUCCAAAUCUUGCAGCACCUGUUAUUAGUCGCAUUUUACUUUUUGAAGUCUAGUCACUUAUAUUACCCCCAUUCCAGGCGUACUUGCUGCGGUAUUUUCACUGAGAUUUUUACCGUUCGUAUGUGAGGCACUUCUCGUUUUUUACCCUGGUUUCAUGUUGCAAGCACAGUCGAAAACGUGCUCCAGCUACAGGCCCGAAGAGA